AUGCAUAUGGAUGAGCACUUGGAGAUAUCAGCUUUUAAACCGGAAACUGUGCUCUCAGGGCACAAAUUAAGCCAUGAAGAAUGCAGACAGAGAGCAACUAAUAUGCACAACAUGCAUUCUCAGAAAACUGCCAAAGUGACUCUAACCAAUCCUGUAGAACAAGUGGCCUACCUCAUAGUAUUCCAUGUCAUCUUUGUGCUCUUUGUGUGGACAUACUGGAAGUCUGUUUUUACUCUUCCGCUGCAGCCAGAUAAAAAGUUCCAUAUGUCCUAUGCUGACAAAGAGCGCUAUGAAAAUGAAGAGAGACCGGAGGUGCAGAGGCAGAUUCUUGUCGAAAUUGCAAGGAAGUUGCCAGUGUACACAAGAACGGGGAAUGGAGCUAUUCGAUUCUGUGAUAGAUGCCAGCUAAUCAAGCCUGACCGUUGUCACCACUGUUCUGUUUGUGCUAUGUGUGUGUUAAAAAUGGAUCAUCAUUGCCCAUGGGUGAAUAACUGCGUUGGAUUUUCUAACUACAAAUUCUUUCUACUGUUUUUAAUGUAUUCUUUGUUGUAUUGCAUGUAUAUUGCUGCAACAGUCUUCAAGUAUGUCAUCAAGUAUUGGACAGACGAAUUGACCAAUGGACGUUCCAAGUUCCAUGUGCUUUUCCUUCUUUUUGUGGCACUCAUGUUCUUUCUAAGCCUGAUGUUUCUCUUUGGCUACCACUGUUGGCUCGUCAGUAGAAAUAGGUCUACUUUGGAGGCAUUCUCAGCUCCAGUGUUUCAAAAUGGCCCAGAUAAAAAUGGAUUUAAUCUGGGCUUCGUAAAGAAUCUUCAGCAAGUGUUUGGAGAGGAAAAGAAACUGUGGUUACUACCUAUUGUAUCCAGCAAGGGUGAUGGACAUUCCUUCCCUAUGAGAACAUUGUGUGAAGCUCAGAAUCCACUGCUAGCAAAUGAAGAGCAGUGGGGAGAUGAUGGAUUAGAUGAAGAGAACCAUGGUUACCAUGAAGGUUCAUCUCUUGCCAUAGAAAUGGAGACAUAGCGGUUUGCAAAUCUGAUGGUACAAAACUCACUCAGACAGCUUCCUUCUCAGGAACCAGCAUCUUCUCUUUGCACAGACUUCAGAAUUGAAGGUCAGGAAGCAAAUGGAUCUUCAGGAUAAGAAAACAUCAUGAAAUAUUAUCUGAUUGGAAUCCUAGACUGAUUGUCCAGAAUACCUGCUGGGCAGAUCUUUCGGGGCUUUACAAGUUCAGGGCGUUUUAAAGUUAAUGUCUGAGUGGAGCAGUUUCAUAGAGAGUGGGCCAGGGAAGACUGGCCUGGAUCAUUCCCUUUUAAUAGAUACAAUUAUAUAUAGAUAUAUAUUAUCUGUAAUAGGUGAAAAGUGUUGGUGUAAAUGCAUUUCCACAGUCCUUUCCAUUGCUUCAAACAUCAGGCACUCUAAAUCUCAAAAUACGUCAAGCCUUUAUAUUCCCAGGCAGGCUGUUUAUCUUGGGCCUGAUUCUUCAGCCUUUACUCACGGUGAGUAAAAUUUACACAUAAAUCAACAGAAUUUCUUGAGUAAAUACUACUCAAUGUGAGUCAGGUUUGCCAAAUCAGGGCCUAAAUUGGAAGAGCCCUUUGUGUGUAUGUGCAGUGUAUAUUUAGAUAACCUGCAUAUACAUUUGCAACUGUACAUGUGCAUAAAAUACCUGCUCAUGCUGGCAGAAGCAAGGUUAAGGAAUAUGCCAAGACCACUGAUGCUUUUGUCUAGAAAUGCAUCAUCCUCAGUAGGAUUUUGAGGUUUACUGGCCUUCAAGCACAAUCCUGUAGCAGGUACUCAAAUGUUAAAGGGAAUUUUAGACAAUAUAAUGACUUCAUUUAAUUCCUAGGCCUAAAGUAUGGGAAUCUAACAAUCACACAGAGCACAUUCUUCUUCCCUCUCCCACCAGGAUCCGUGUUUUACAAAGGUUUUUAAUCAUUGUUUUCAGUUCCAUAAGCAUUGAUCUAGAAGCAGGUAAAUUGGAAACUUGCAUUGAAUGUAUGGCUCCAGCGGCUGUGAUUGGAGCCCAGCCUCAACAAAGAUGGUUUUAGCCCCAUAAUGCUGGACACAGCAGCUGAUGUAUUAUAUUAGCUCAAACUUGUGCCCGAUUAAAUGUAUUGACUGGUGCUGUAAAGAUUUUUCAAUACCAAGCUGUGGUCAAAUUUUCCAGUUACUUUGCAUUCCUUUGACUGCACAUCAUUGUUCCAGAUUUUUUUAAACUAGUUUUGCAAUCAAGAAUUUUAUACUAGGUAAUGGAAUUUGGAGUUUGGUUUGUAGAUGUUAUGCAGUUCUUAGGUCUAGGUCUUAAUUUUCUCUUUCCACCUGUAAGAUUCAGGCUUGGCAGCUCCAUCAUCAUCCAUGCUGGAAAUUAGAUGCGUGUUUCCUAAUAGUAAUGUCUGGGACAAUACUAAUAUUAGUCCUUAAGCAUAGGUCAUAAGGUCAGUCAUUAUGCUCACUAUAUACCAUUUUAGAUACAGCUUUUAAUUUAGUAUCAGUCUUUACUUUCCUGUUGACAGUCCCUGAAACAGCAAGUGUGGAUGUGAUGAGAAACUGCUUGAUAAAUGUUCAGUGACAAAGGCCUUGUCUACAAAAUAGACUUUUUUCCCCCUGAGAUUUCUCUCUUGCUUCUAUGAGAGGAGGAUAUACCAGUAGUAGCAGCAGCUGGAAAUUGUAGGGGAAAGAACCUGGUGUACAUAACACCUCCUCCUCCCACCUUCUGUCACAGAUAUAAAUCACUGCUUUUGGGAGAGAUGUCUUUCAUCUCUGUAUUUAAAUCCUGGAGCUGGUAAUCGAACUCUUGCUUUCAGCAGCAACAUAUUUUACAAACAUCCAAUUAACUCCUAGAAGCUGGGGUAGGUGGGACUGCAGAGCACGUCCAUAUCUUAGCGUAGGUUCUCUACUCAUCUCUUUUUUGAAUGUGUUAGCUAAUUAAUUUGUACAUUGUACAGAUGGGACCUCGGACACCUCUUUUGGUGGCUGUUCUGUUAUCAGGUGGCUCUUGAAAAUUUUUUUAUCAAAUCUAAAUCUGCCUUUCUUUAGUUUAAGCCCAUUACUGCUUUUAAUACACCCAUAGUCAACUUCUGUAAAGGCUUGCUCCUUUCAUUACAUUAUUUUCAGUGAAAUAUUAAGGAAAGAUAGCUGUGAAAUCAAAGCAAUUGCCUAAUCUCAUGCAAAAUGUGUAUAAAGUGAGAUUUUCAAAGGGAGAAAUGCAGUUAAGUGUCUAACUCCCAUUGAAAAUCAAUGGGAGUUAGGUAUCUAACUGCUGUUUAUGCCUUUAAAAAUCUUCCCCUAAAUCACUACUAACUCUUUAAAAUGCCCUAUGUGUAAAAAUGUGAAGAUAAGGAUUGAAGCAGGAAGCUGGCAUAUUGUCUGUAAGCUUGAUUGUAUCCUUCAGGGCAGGAAGAACAGCGCUGUAGCCAGAGCCACAUGGAACUCCUGGAGUUUUUUAAGUAGGUUCUUAUAUCUCUUGUUUUGUUUUUCUGUUUACAGCCAUCUAAUUGUAUCGUUUCUUGCCAAAGCUAGCUGUACAGUGAUAGCAGGAGAGUAUCUAGAAGGAGCUAUAGAAGCUGCUUCUGUUUGCUCACUGGUUGCAGUUCUGACCUCCUUCUUUGGGUAGACCACAUCAAGCUGCAUUUCCUGUUGCAAUUAUCACUAAAAUGGCAGGCCAUCAGUGUUUAUACAGCCGUCCAAUUCAUAACGGGACAGUCUGAAGUAAGUUCAGGUCUUUUGAAAUACUGUUUUGAAAUGUCCAUGCUUAAUUUACAUAUUCUAAUUAAAAAAGCUAUUCUGUAGCCAGGUAAGGCUACAGGUCUCCUUUUUAAGGUAACUUGGCAACUAUCUCCUGUCCAAAAAGAAACUACCAGUUUCUUAGUGGUUCAAAAUGCACUUUAAAAAAAUCAGUACCUAACAUUCACAGUCAUCAAUUUUUACAAGGCUCAAAACUAAAUAUGCUUAGAGAAUAAAAUAAAUGCUGAAGCUCAAUCAAAGUGAAGCAUGACAAAUAUAGUACAGAGCAGGAGUGUCUGAGUGACAAAAUAAACCAGUUUUCAAAAUAAACCUGUUUGCUUUUAGAAGAAAUGAUCAUACUGUGAUUGCAGAUCUAACUUGUGGAUGCUGCAGUCCAAGAAAGAAUCUGAGUACAGAAAACUAUUGAACGUAAUUAUGCCCCAAAAUGAAGAGAUACAGUGUGCCUUUAUUUCUUUCCCUAGAGAUAUUCUGCAGCUGCCUUCUUCAAGGCUGCAUGUAGAUGAAUAACCAGGUCCUUUGGGGAAGCCUAGCACCUCAUAAAAUAUUUCUACUUUAGUUUCCCUGCUUUGAUGGUGUAUCGUGCAUGACUACAGCCCUACUCCUAAGGUCACAGAUGAUGACAUACUAAGAAGCAGAACACUUUCAGUCAGUAUUUUUCACCAUUUAAAAGGAUUCUGUCAGCUUGAAAUCUAGUCACCAUAAAAAUUGAGUUAAAUAGUUUCGACAGUACCUGUGAUUUUGUUGUGGUUUUACAGUCAGUUUCCUAUUUAUUUUUUAAAGUGUUUUUUCUCCCUUCCUUCCCUGUUGCUGUAGGAAAGUUGUGCACAAACAUCAGGGGAAAUGCACUAUGCACACAAUGCUAUGAAAAGCACUAAGUAAAUGCACUGAAAAAACAGAAUGUUUCUCUAAUCAUUGUUAUAGGUGACAAAAGGUAAAAUAUUCAGCCGGAAGUGUGAUUUUUAACGUUAUUAUAACCCUUUUAAAUUUAAGGGUGCAUUUUCUCUUCCACUGGUGCUAUUUGCUGGGCAUAUUUUUAAUGCUGCAUCACAGAAAGAUGUUUAAGUCCUAUGAUAUCAUCAGGAUCCAGUUCUCUCUGUUCUUGCCAAGGAAAAGAAUAGGCUUCACAGCUGUAAACUGAAUCCCAGAAAACAGGAGUUAAAGCUCUGUUAAACUUUUGGAGCACAAUGCUUCUAGCAGGUCCCACUGUUUAUUUUUAAAUGGUGUGAAUGCAAUACUCCUGAAAGAUGCCAGAUUGAUAGCCCUGCACAGUGUACUGUUUAGCCACAAACUGGGCACAUCAAUACAAGCUUUCCCUGAAGGGAACACCUCUAGGGCUAAUAUAGCUGGCAGUCUGCUUUGAGAAAUGAAGGCUUGAAUGGACAGAGAGAGGCAAGUUGCCAGUUAGUGCUCUCUGUGGUGGCUUUUUGUGCUUUGGAUGUGGGAACUGGAUUGAAAUCACUAAAUUCAAUUUAUGUAAUUCACCAAACAGCCAUCGGAGAGUAAUUUUUAGUCACAACCAACCUGGACUGAAUUCAAACCAGAGACCUAACGUCUCUUUGGAAACACUAAACAUUAAUUUAGAUCGAAGUCUAAAAACCUGGGUAUUGAACCCUCCGCAUGCAAAGCACGUUCCCCUGUGCCCUCUGCCCCAGAUCCAUUUUAUACUGAUCGUGGUGUUCACAUCAGAUAAGAAACAUGCAUUUGUCCUAUCCUCCUCUUCCUCUCCCCCCCCUCCCCCCCAUGACCGUGAGUACU